UCAGUUUUCGAGUGAAUGCCGUGCUGAUGACGACUCCGCGAAUUAUACUAUCGCGUCGGGAAUUCUAUCGAUCAGUUAGGCAUGGCACGUCGGCCGAAACGGUCGGCUUCAGUGCUGACUAGUGUUUGUACCAUACGAGUAUUUCGAAUGAUCGUUAUUUGUAGUUUUCUGAUAGAUGCGAUAUCGUGUAACGAUUAUAAUGUUCUAACUGUAGGUACAAAUCUAAAUUUUCCCGGUCAGUCACCCACUCAACCUAAGUUCGGUGAUCGUAUUUCGCCGCGACAUAGACAAACUUUAUCUGUUCUAACGGCCAGCAUUAAUGGGAGCACGUCACCCACCCUAGCGGGAGGAUCAUCAAGUGUACAUAAUAUUCAUAAUAAUAAAAAUCCCGUAGAUAAUUUAAAUAAUAGUGCUACUAGUAAUAAUAGUCAAAAUAAUCAUAGUGAUCUUGAUUAUGUUCAUAAAUCAUUAUCGGCGCCCUCCUCAGUUACCAGCGCCGAUGGUCGCCCGAGGUAUCUGAAUCCCUACAGUGAUGUCCCCGCGAACGGUACAAGUUUAUUGGAUAAAAGUGAUCUUGACAAUGAUUAUAAUCACCAUGAUCAUCACCUGCUAAAUAGUAAUAACAUACCAUCGGAUGUUGUUAUACCGGUUACCGGCGACGUUGAGCGCUUUGGCGAUCGUGAACAACAACAUGAUCGCGAUAGUGUCCGGGAUUCGUUGAUGCAGCAGCUUCGGCGCAAUGACGAUGCCUAUGACGGAAACUACCACCAUAUCGACAAUGGUAUAGGCACCAACAACGGUGGCAAUCAUAGUAUGUUGAAGGCUGAUCGUUUGAUUGAAAUGUCUACGGAAUUUUUCGUAAUUCCGUCAUCGACGACCGAAGAUGAAAAGAGUGGUUUGAUAAGAUCGUCUACGGUACGCCCUAUACUGAUCUUGGCAGCCAGGACUCCACCUACGGAGAACGAAUCGACAGCUUCACCGGCUGCCAAUGCCUCCGCACAGACGGGUCUGCGAAAGGAGCCAUGGGUAGUUCCUCUAUUAGUAAUCGCUUGCCUAGCAAUGAUCUUAAUGACCGCGUUCGAGAUCUUUGUCUUAUUUAAGGCCUGGCGAACAUCACCGUCACGACGACACUUGUUCCUCGGGCAAAUGCUUCUUCUAGGAUUGUUCGCCUGUGCAGGGAUCGGUGCUCUCCUUACAGCCACCCCGACAGUGGUUUCAUGCGCGAUCAUACGAUUCGGUGCCGGAGUCGCUUUCGCUCUGGUGUUUGCUGCGCUUCUCGUCAAAUGUGUCUUCCUAAUUAGCCUGAAUGGAGGCGUCUAUCUUCCAGCUCCAUAUCAAGGAUUACUCCUGCUCUUCGCGGUUCUCAUCCAAGUUGCGAUCGGAACGCAAUGGCUAGUAACCGAACCGCCUGAUAUACAUACAAUCAGGAUUGGUUCGCAUCACGCUACCGUGACUAAUAAAUUCUCAACGCUGGGACUGAUCACCUCCAGCGAUCUCACGCGAAUUUCAGCCACCAUACCCUUGUGUAAAACUCAAUUUUCCGAACUUUUACUUUCCAUGAUCUAUAUCAUUUUUCUGAUCAUAUUCGUGGCGAUCUUGGCAAUUAAAUCGCGCGGUAUUCGGGAUAAUUAUCGUGAAGCGACGUAUAUUGGAUUGGCUAUUGGUGGUUCGAUACCAAUCUGGCUUGGAUGGACACUAUGUGGAUUGAUUGUGGCCGAUCGUCAUAAGGAUGCAUGUUUGGCCUUUGGCUUGGUAGCUACAUCGGCCACAGUGUUCUUAGUGAUGUUCAUGCCGAAAGGAAGGCAGCUGGCUGCUAUGGGAAAGGAAGGAUUAUAUGUGGAAGAUCGUGAGGAGCAAUUUAGUUCGCUGAGUCGUGCCGGUUCAGGAUAUUCACCGUCGUUUUUCCAUUUUAAGCCGAUCAAGUAUGGAGUAAUGGGCGGAGUGCUGAAUUCUACAACGACAACAGGAAAUGCUACGAAACAUCAAAGUGCAGCUACGCUGGGAGGAGAUCGUGUGGCACUAGUAGCAGCACCACCACCAAGCUAUACACGUAUGUACCAUUACUUUCCAGCACAUAUGACACAGCCAUUUUGUUUCUAUCCGCCGCCCCCACCACCAAUAUCACCACCCCCGCCACCGCUUAAGUCAUUGGUUGCUGCGAUCGGUGGUGGUUUGUCCACCUUACAAACUCAACAUCAUCAUCAACAAUCGACACAAAAACAACAUCAACAACAAUCGCAGCAACAACAACAAACUGCAACAGCACAACUAGCACAAACGUUACGGUAUCCAGGUCUUUUUAUACGACCAGAUGAAGCGAAUCUCUACACCACCCUGGAGCCAACGCUCAGCAGCAAUCCGAAUGUCUACUUCCAACGAAGUGGAGGAGUCCAUCCAGGAAUGAUGUACUGAAAACUGGACAAUCUUAUCUUUAAACUAUUUCCUUUUGUAAUUUAAGAUAGAACAAAUUGUGAUUUCGUUUAAGAAUUUUUGUAUGACUCCAACGAACGAAUAUGAAAAAGAAAAUAGUUGCACUGCCUUCAAGAUACUUUUUGAGUGAAUGAUUUUUUGAAAAAGAUGCAUAAAAUGCUGAAAAAGUUUACAAAACUUUUUACUCUAGUGAAAUUUAUCUAAAAAAAAUUCAACAGAUUCGUAUGAAAUUGUCACAAAUAACAUUGAAACAAAUCUUAUCUAUUAGGUAGAAUUAGUACUUCACAAAUACAGUCAUAAGAUCCUUUUAUUUCUUCCAUUAAACUCCCAAGGAGUAUCCAGUUUUUCUUUUUGUACUAGAAUGCGUAAGAUUAGAUAUUGGAUAGUUUCCAUGUGAAGAUAUUUCUUCACAUAAAACACAAAUACAUGAAUAAGUCUUUUUCAAUGAAGUCGCAAAGCUGUAGUUGGAUAGCAAACUGUAGUCAGAAUAAGAUUCAUUUUAAGAUAAAUUUAUGUGUAAUUUAAUUAAAUAAUUAUUUUUGAUAAGAUGCAUAAAUAAUAAAAAAGAUUGUUUGAUAUUUUUGAGAAAUAAAGUAAAUUGUCAAAAAUAUUGGAUACAAUUAAGGUCGCUAUUUAAAAUAAUCAUAAAUAUUUGUACAUAGUAACGUUAAAAACUGUAAGUGUACAAGAAAUUUGAAUAAAAU